AUGCGCCACGAUCCUCAGCUCACAAGUCACAAGCAACACAGAGUGAAAAAAAAUGGCACGGGUUCCCGUCUCUCGCCACCUUCGCGUCGCGCUGCUUGCUCUCCUCGUGGUCGCCGUCGCCGCCGCGGCGGCGGCGCGCGGGGAUCAGCCGCGUCGCGGGCAUAGCAUGGCCGCGCGGCACGAGCGGUGGAUGGCUAGGUUCGGGCGCGCGUACGCGGACGCCGCCGAGAAGGCGCGGCGGAUGGAGGUGUUCGCGGCCAACGCGGAGCGCGUCGACGCCGCCAACCGCGCGGGCGGCGACCGCACCUACACGCUCGGCCUCAACCAGUUCUCCGACCUCACCGACGACGAGUUCGCGCAGACGCACCUCGGGUACAGCUGGGCGCCGCCGCCGCCGUCGCACCGGCAUGGCCACCGCGCCGAGAAUGGCACCGCCGCGGCGGCGGCGGAUGACACGGACGUGCCGGACAGCGUCGACUGGAGGGCUCGCGGCGCCGUCACCGAGGUCAAGAACCAACGCAGCUGCGGGAGUUGCUGGGCGUUCGCGGCGGUGGCGGCGACGGAGGGGCUCGUCCAGCUCGCCACGGGCAACCUCGUGUCGCUCUCGGAGCAGCAGGUGCUCGACUGCACCGGCGGCGCCAACACCUGCAGCGGCGGCGACGUGUCCGCGGCGCUCCGCUACAUCGCCGCGAGCGGCGGGCUGCAGACGGAGGCGGCCUACGCGUACGGCGGGCAGCAGGGCGCGUGCCGCGCCGGCGGGUUCGCCGCGCCGAACUCGGCGGCAGCCGUCGGCGGCGCCCGGUGGGCGCGCCUGUACGGCGACGAGGGCGCGCUGCAGGCGCUCGCCGCCGGGCAGCCGGUGGUCGUGGUCGUGGAGGCCUCCGAGCCGGACUUCCGGCACUACAGGAGCGGGGUCUACGCCGGGAGCGCCGCGUGCGGGCGGCGGCUCAACCACGCCGUCACGGUGGUGGGCUACGGCGCGGCGGCGGACGGCGGCGGGGAGUACUGGCUGGUGAAGAACCAGUGGGGGACGUGGUGGGGCGAGGGCGGCUACAUGCGCGUCGCGCGCGGCGGCGCCGCCGGCGGCAACUGCGGCAUCGCCACCUACGCCUUCUACCCGACCAUGGACAGCUAGCUCAACUGAGCACUGGACAGUGAACACUAGACUGAUGCAAAUAUGUACUAAUAUUGAUAAGAAUGUUACGCCUAAUGCAAAUAUGUAAUAUGUGUGGGCGUCUGGCUUCUAAGUGAUAAGCUAUUAAGCCAUAGUUAAGGAGUAUAUAGUAGAUAAAAUGAUUAUGAAACCAGAACUGUAUCGACAUAUGCAGUUAAAGAAACUGAUGUCGGUAAUGGAUGGAGCAAAUAAGCACUUGUACACAUUAAGAAAAGAUGAUUCAGAAAAUUCAGGA